GGAGGUGCUUGCCGGUGGUAACGACUGUAACGACCAUUGGAAAGAUGUGUUACAAAAUUUUGUUUUAGAUGGAAGAUUAAUGCAAUAUCAGCAGUAGUAAUGGCUGAUGAUUGUGACAGUGAAGGUGGAGUUACGGAUUCACCUAAGAAAGGGCCGACACUCUCCACAAGUACAAGCAGUUUUGAAGCCCUUGAUCCCCAUGAUCCAAAUCUAAGUCGUCUGGCAACCACCAUGUUUCAGAAAACAGCUGAUUAUUUAUUUGGUGAACUGACAGCAACACAGGAAGAUUAUAGGUUGCUGGAAUCAAUGAAUAGAGUGACGAUCACUAAGUAUUCAGACAUGAAACAGAUUGCUGGCAAUGUGGCUCGCACCAUGAUUGAUUUAAAUGAGAAGUAUAAGAAUCUGCAGCCAUAUCUGGAACAGAUUGACCAAAUUGAAGAUAGCGUCACAAAGCUUGAGCAAGCAGCAUACAAGCUUGAUGCAUAUUCUAAACGUCUUGAGGCAAGGCUGAAGAAUCUUGAGAAGAGAUAGACACAUCUGAAUUCUUUACAGAAUACCAGACAACCUUGGUGUUCUUGUGUGACCAUCUUGAGUUGCUUUUAAGUUGGUCAUUGCACACGUGCAAAACGUAUGUUAUAAUUGUUCAACCAUUUUCUUUUAUAUAUCAGCAAUGUAUGUUUGAAAGUAGAAGAGUAAGUUAUAUGUGAAUAUGGUUCUGUAAUAAAAUAUUGUAAUGCAUAA